UUGAGAGGAUCUUGGAAGCACCUCUCUACCGCAACCACUCCUCUCUCCAAGAUGGGUGAAGCGCUGGUAUACCUGGUGACAGGAGGAUGUGGUUUCAUUGGGGAGCACAUUGUGGAGUUGCUGUGCAAGGAGGACUAUGUCAGUGAAGUCCGGGUCUUUGACUCAGUGGCAGGCGAGGAAGUGAAGAAGUUUGCCACAGCUACCACUUGUGUGACAGUGAUGAAAGGAGACAUCCGAGACUACGCUCUGCUCCUCUCUGCCAUGCGGGGAGUCCAUGUGGUUAUUCACACAGCUGCUAUUGUGGACUACACAGAUACUGUACCCUUUCGGGAAAUGAAAGCUGUCAAUGUUGCUGGUACUGAAAACGUGCUGAAGGCCUGCUACACCCUGAGCGUCCCCUAUGUUGUCUAUACAAGCUCCAUUGCUGCCGUGGGACCCAACACUCGACAAGAACCCAUGCUGAGAGGAACAGAAGACACCAAGUACAGUGGGGAAGUGGAACUGCCUUAUGGGAAGACUAAGGCCAUGGCAGAAAAACUGGUACUUGAAGCCAAUGGAAAAGAGCUAAGCAAUGGUGGCAAACUUGCAACAUGCAUCAUCUGUCCAAAUACAAUUUAUGGGGAGAAGUAUCUGGUUCUAAAGGACUUGCAUACCUUGGCUAAAGCCAAAGGGGGUGUGUUGGACUACCUGGAACCCGAAGAUACAGAACGUAAUUGGACAUACGUAGGGAAUGCUGCAUGGAUGCAUGUGCUUGCAGCCCGGAACUUGCAGCUGAAACCAGACGUACUUGCUGGGCAGGUGUAUUAUUCCUACGAUGACACCCCAACGAGGAAAGGCUUCCUAGUGAGAUAUCAGCUGUUGUCAGGGAUGGACCCCUCAAUAAGGCUGGGCUCACGCAUACCUUACUGGAAGCUAUGGUUACAAAUAUACGUUUAUAGGAUAAUCAGGAUCCUUUUGUACCCCUUUUGGAAACCACGGCCCUUCCUAAACUUGCCUCUGCUGAAUACAAUAACCACCACCUUCUCCUAUGAGACAGACAAAGCCUUCAGGCAUUUCGGGUACACCCCCCUCUACAGCUGGGGAGAGAGUAAACGCCGAACUACGGAGUGGUUAAAGUCAGCUACAAAGAACUCGAGAUCCCAUCAGCACCACGGGAAGGAGACCUAGAUGGCACUUUUAACACAAAGAGAGCUUAUCCCCUUCAGUGAAUUCCAUCUGAAUUUGGUCAUGUGCAUAACUUUCCCACUAGGAACCAAGCAGAGACCCUCAACUCAUUACACCUAGACUAACACAGAGCAAUGACUUCCACCUACUAUUAUGUAUCACUUCUCCACUCCCCAGGAGCCAUAAACUUAAUAUGCAUUUUCCAUUUGACAAUAUCUACUUGCAGCAGCAGACAUAUGAGGGGCCAUGUCCCACAGCCUUUACUCACUUCAGUAGCCCCAUUGGCUUCAUGGCCUUUCAUCGGAGGAAGGAAUGCAGGGUCAGACCUGUGAUUUGUGAGGCUGAAUAGAAUCUUUGUACAAAAUUAUUUUUGGUAACCAAUUUAAUUCCACAUCCUGAAUAAGCUACAUCCUUUUCCAACAGCAGGACUGGCACUUUUAAAGUGAUCUCGAACAGCCAUUUUUUAGUUAGUGGACUGUCUUUAUUUCACUUAUACACUCAAGAGGUCUUUAAUUGAUAAUUCUUAGGGGGGUGAGGAGAACUCUGGAAAUCCCCUCUCAAUUUUCGGGUUUUAGAUAUAUAUAGCUAUGGGCUUUCAUCACUAUCCUUAGAAGCAGCUUUCACAUCUACCUUUUUCCAAAAUCCUUUCUGCCACUCAGCUUGUACAUUUUACCUUUAAAAAAACCCCCGAAACCUAACAUUGUAACAAACAUAAAAGUUACCUUGCAAUAUCUCGAGGUGACAAUUGGUCAGUCUAGUUACAUUCUUAUUUCUAUGGUUUGAUAAUUGAUGUCAGAGUGUUGGAUGCAUUUUGCAACUUGAAUAAAAAUUAUACUGGAUCGGA